AUGUCAGCAGGACAAAAUAGUGACAUUCUUAAGACUCUGUUUUCAUUUGAGCUUUUGGUUAAAAAUGUCCGAAUCGAGAGAGAUACUAAAGUUUCCGACGAGCUGGCUCUUGGAGUGCGACUGCUAGAUUUCCCAACGCUGCUCAUCUAUCAGCCUCAACCCAGAAGUGGUGACAUUAACCAACCCGGAGAGCAUGACAAAGAAAAGAGAAGGGAAUACGCCUUUAAUAGAGGCAAGUCUUGUUUCUUCCAAAUGAACCUGGAUUCACUGCACACCCAUCUAUCUAACACCCCUCUCUAUGCUAUGGUGUUGGAUGUGAAGGAGGAGAUUCCCAAAUUAGUUGGCUCCUCCCUGAUAUCACUGGCCAAAGUGAUAGACAGAAUCAGGCAGGAUGUGACUGAGCAUGGUGUUUCUGCUCCCUCAUCACACGGAGAAAGGCGGCUUGUUAGCAUGUGCAGCCUCACAGGGGAGAAAAAUGGCUUGAUUUCCCUGAGUUAUAAACUGAUAAGUCUGGGAGCUAGUCUACUGCCACAUAUCAGGGACAGGAGGGAUCUUCAACGCACCAGAGUACAUGGAGGACAACAUGUACAAGAAAGCAUCGAGGAGAAAAACAUAUGUAUAGAAUCAUUGCCUUAUGACUGUAGGAAUGCCCAUUCAACCACACUGGACAAGUCUGACAUUAGCAGAGACGCCCAAAACAAGGGACUGGCAAACACAAAAAUCUCAAUGAGUGAGGACAAGCAGGACGGCGCUGCUGUGUGUGUUGCUACCAAACACAGACCAAGAACCCAAAUUCCUCAAACACUCCAAGAAAUUGAAAACUAUUUUGAGGAGGAUUUAACCAUAUUCUGUCCCCCACAUCUUUACUACAGUAAUUCUGCAGAGGAAAAAAGCAAAAACGAAGGAGGGGAUUAUAAGUUGUUGACCCUAGACUCAGAAGCUUUUACAUUUGAAGACUCAUGCUCUGAGGAUGAGAUGUCUGAAAAUAGAAUUGAGGUUCCACAUUCUCCAAUGAUGGAACAGAGAGUAAAAAAUGAUGCAAAAACAUCAAGAAACCAAGAAAAAAGUGGGGUGAGUCCAAAUGUCCUUGGGGAAGCUUUACAACAGAUGCCUCUACUAAAUGCUCUUCUUGUUGAGCUGUCACAGUUAAAUGGCCAGAACCCACACCAGCCCUUGUCUGUUCAUCCUAACCUAGCGUGGAUUUACAGGCCUGCAUCCACAGAGCCUUCAGCUGGGCAUGGAGACACACCACGAAAAACAUUGCAGAAGACCAGCCAGGGGACUAGUUGCUACUUUAAACAUUUACAUUCUCCUAGAAACUGUUCUACUCCAAUAGUUAGGUCUAAAUCUGUGCAAAAGAAAGACAGACAAGAAGAGGUUUUGAUUGAGAGUAAAGCUUCCAGUAAAUCUCAGAGGAAGAAGCUUGUUUAUGGAACCACUAAAACAUUUAAUCUAAGGCUUAAGCAAAUUUCACCUCUUAUAGUAAAACGCCGUCAAUGCAUGGAAUUAACACAGAAUGAAACACAGACAAGUUUGACCAAAGGAAAGACAAAGUCAGAAAAUAAAGUUGUAAAGUCCAGCAAAAGGAAAUCAGUACUAAAACAGAGCUCCAGUAUCAAUGAAAAUAUUGAGACAAUGAUACAAAGCAUCACAGUGGACUCUGCACUACAAGGAACAACCACACUUAAACAGAAAAAUCUGCAUGGGAAAGAUAAACAUGAUAAACAAAACUCAGAAAAACCAUCCCCUUCUGAGAGGAGAGACAUGAAAUUUAUUCACAUCCCCAGUGUGGAUAGUGACAGCGCUGCCCAAAACAGAGACAAGAACGAGCAUCACAGUGAAUCAAAUCAAUCACACUCUGACUCUGACAGGCACAGAGAGGAAAUUGAAUCCUCAAGAAGCAGCAGACACAGCAGCCCAAAGUCUUCAUUUUCAGACUCCAGCGGGGAAGGAAACGAGGAAGGAGACUACGUUGAUGACUUUAACAGUCUUGAACCCAGUGAUGCCUACUCCCCUGACCCCAUGAGUAGCCCUGAGCCCUCUAGAGCCAAAACUCCAAAGUCCCCUGUCCGCCCUGACUUCUGCAACUCCGACUCUGGCUCUGAAUCUGUCCAGAGGAGAGCAGUCCUCCCUAUGCCCAUCAAAGCCCCCAGCUCUCCCCAGCGCUCUCUGAGGGGUACACACAUCAUUCGACCUCGAACCCACGCCUCUGCCCUCAGCCUUUCCUCCGACAAUGGUGACGGAGAAAGGUCGGCUUCCUUACAAACCAUAUGCUCCAGAAAGCAGAUGACAGACAGCAGCAGAGUGGAAAGGAGCUGGAGUCAAAGGAGUGAGUCCACCAAAAACAACAGUCCAGUUCGAGGAUUUUCUGCAGAAUCAAUAUCCUCCUUUGAACCACAGGAGGCUGAGGAACUGGAGGAUGAGCUGGGAUCUCUGGAUUUUAGAAAAGAGUAUCAGCAUAUCUCUGAGCUAGUGGCCAACAAACUCCCUGGUUACACUAUGUAAAGAAAAAUAUAUAAUUCUACACUAUGGUUAUAUCAAGGCUACACUGUUUCUCCCAACCACGGGAAACAGAUGAGUGUAGU